AUGAAGCAAAUUACAGACCCCUGGGGUCUCCCAGGAUCCACAAGCGUUGCCGGGUGGACAAAGGUCACAGCUAGCUGGAGCUGGGUUAUCGGCGCUUUUGCCCUACUCGCGGUCAUCGCCCGUGUGCGAGAUUAUCUUCGACUGCGGCACAUUCGCGGGCCCUGGCUGGCCUCAUGGACAGAUUUCUGGCUCAUUCGCAGCCAGUACGGUGGCCGUAUGAACCUCGACCUAGACGAGGUCUGCCGGAAGUAUGGCAAGGUGGUCCGCGUGGCGCCAAACUGGGUCGUGUGCGCCGACGCUGAGGAGAUCCGCAAGAUCUGGGCCGCCCGGUCCCAGUGGAGGCGCGGCGUCUGGUACCGGGGACUGCGCUUGGACCCGCGCCGCGACAGCACCUUCACCACCGUCGACGAGCAGCUGCACGCCGCCCUCCGCUCCAAGCUGACCCCGGGCUACAGCGGCAAGGACGUCGACAACGUGCACCGGCUCAUCGACGAGCAGGUCGCCGCCUUCGUCGGCCUGCUCGAGUCCAAGUACCUCUCGUCCGACUCGAGCGGCACGGGCGACGACGAAGCGGGGCGGCCGGCCGUCUACCGGCCCGUCGACAUCGCCCGCAAGGUGCAGUACCUGACGCUCGACAUCAUCUCGUCCCUCGCCUUCGGCGAGCCCCUGGGCAACCUGGCGGCCGACGCCGACGCGCUGGGCUACAUCCACACCAUGGAGAGCAACAUGGCCAUCAUGAUGACCCUGGCCCUCUGCCCCUACAUCUUCCUGCCCCUGCAGUCCCGCCUCCUCAGCUGGAUGGUGCCCAACGCGCGCGGCAUGGCCGGCAUCGGCGACGUCAUGGGGCUGGCGCACGAGGCGGUGGCGGACCGGUUCGCUAACCACAAGGCCGGGGCACCCCCGCCGCGGCGCGACAUGCUGAGCUCGUUUGUCGCGCACGGCCUGGGCCGCGAGGACUGCGAGGGCGAGGCCGUGACGCAGAUCGUGGCCGGGUCCGACACGAGCGCCACCGCCAUCCGCUCGACCCUCCUGCUCGUCAUGGCCACGCCCGCCGCCUACGGCCGCCUGCAGGCCGAGAUCGACGGGGCGGCGCGCGCCGGCCGCCUCUCGUCGCCCGCCACCGACGCCGAGGCCCGCGCGCUCCCUUACCUGCAGGCCGUGGUGCGCGAGGGCAUCCGCAUGUUCCCGCCCGCCACCGGCCUGCUGCCCAAGGUGUCGGACGCGGACGAGGUGGUGGCCGGCGUGCGGGUCCCGGCCGGCACCAACGUCGCGUGGGCACCGUGGCCCAUCAUGCACGACCGGGCCGUCUUCGGCGAGGACGCCGACAUGUUCCGCCCCGAGCGCUGGAUCGAGGCCGGUCCGGAGCGGUGGCGGCUCAUGGACCAGACCGUCAUGAUGGACUUUAAGACGAGCAGCCGCUACGAGUGUCUGGGCAAGACCAUCGCCCUCAUCGAGCUGAACAAAACCUACGUGGAGCUUUUCCGUCGUUUCGACUUGGCUAUAGUUGACCCUACAAACCCUUGGAAAUCGUUCAACGCUGCCUUUUUCAUCCAGUCAGACCUGAAUGUCAAGAUUACCCGCCGCAAAAACCCGGUCUGAGCAGCGGCUGAGGAUUUGGCUUGUGGAAGGCCUGGUCUCUAACCCUACCGUGGC